AUGGCUUCUUCCGAUGGCCAGCACGCCCCUGCGCCGGGCCACGACACAAUUGAGUCCAGUGGCCGGGCUCCACCGCAAUACGUGUUGGAAAAGCAACCCAGCUCUGGCAGUAGCAGACCUGCCGCCGUGACAGACGACAAGAAUACCUCGUUGCCGGCCGAGCAUUAUGGCGUUGACUCGGAGAAGCAGAGCGAGAACGUUGGUUCGCUGCGUGCCAACUCGGAACCUGAGGAGGACAAGCGGCCCAUCUGUCUCCCCGGCGCUAUUUGCCUAUUGCCUAUUGUGGUUGAACACCGAGCUGAUGGCCACGGCCGCCGUUGCAGAUGGUGGAUUUACGGUCUCGUCUUCUUCCGCCACACCGAGGGGAGGGGAUGGUUAAUUCCAACCCUGGUUUAUAUUGCCAUCAUGCUGCGUCUCAUCACCCUCUAUAUCCCUGCAAGGCUAGCUCUCCGCCCGGUCCGCUUCAUCUGGCUCCAGACAGUCGUGAGGAUCUAUGACAUCGUCCCGGCGAAGCUGCACAAGCCGAUUGCCGGCCUCGGCACCUUCGGCGUCUUCCUCGUCGGGAGCUUCGUCCCCGAAGAGACCGGCGACAACACGCGUUCGAACCGUGCCAUCUCGAUUUUUGGGUUUAUCGUACUUCUGUCCGUGCUCACGGCCACAUCGCGAAACUGGCGGCUUAUUCCGUGGCACACCGUUAUUGGCGGCAUGUUGACGCAAUUCAUCGUCGCCGUCUUUGUGCUGCGUACCCAGGCCGGCUACGACAUCUUCAAGUUCAUCUCCGAUAUGGCCCGCGAGCUUCUGGGUUUUGCAGCCAAGGGCUUAGAAUUCUUGACCGACGACAAGCUGCCCUACAACCACUGGUUCUUAACGGGCGUCAUCCCGGCCAUCAUCUUCUUCAUCGCCCUCGUCCAGAUGCUUUACUAUGUCGGCUUCAUCCAGUGGUUCAUCUCCAAGUUCGCCGUCUUCUUCUUCUGGAGUCUUCGCGUGUCCGGCGCCGAGGCCGUCGUCGCUGCCGCCACCCCUUUUAUCGGCCAGGGCGAGUCCGCCAUGCUCAUCCGCCCCUUCAUGGACCACUUGACCAUGGCUGAAAUCCACCAGAUCAUGACGUGCGGUUUCGCCACCAUCGCGGGUUCCGUCUUGGUGGCUUACAUCGGCAUGGGCUUAAACGCCCAGGCUCUGGUCUCCAGUUGUAUCAUGUCGAUUCCCGCCACCUUGGCCGUUUCCAAGAUGCGUUAUCCCGAAACCGAGACGCCUAUCACCGCCGGCAAGGUCGAGGUCCCCGAUAGCGAGGAGAACGAACACACCGUCAACGCACUCCACGCCUUCACCAACGGCUCGUGGUUUGGUCUCAAGAUUGGUGCCACCAUUGUGGCCUGCUUGUUGACGAUUAUCGCUUUCGUUGGUCUAAUCAACGGAUUGCUGGGUUGGUGGGGCGGAUACUGGGGCCUUGUUGCGCCGGGCCCGGUCCUGUCCCUGGAGCUCAUCCUCGGAUACAUCCUCUAUCCGGUUGCGUGGUUGCUAGGCGUGCCCAAGAACGACCUUCGCCAGGUUGGCGAGCUCAUUGGCAAGAAAAUCAUCAUCAACGAAUAUGCCGCCUUUGAUGCCCUAGUCAAGCAGAAGCGCUACAAGGAGAUGGCUGCCCGGUCCAAGUUGAUCGCCACCUAUGCUUGCUGCGGUUUUGGCAACAUCGGCUCGCUGGGUAUCCAGAUCGGUGUUCUCUCGCAGAUUUCCCCCAAACGUUCGGGUGACGUCGUAAAAGUUUCUAUUUCGGCCUUUGUGUGCGGUGUCUUAUCUACUCUGACAUCUGCCAGCAUUGCUGGCAUGUUAUUUACGGAUGCGAUGUCAUAA